AUGACGGUGGUGGUGUUUUCUAUUGGCAACCCAGGCCCUUCGAACCGUCACAGUGUCGGUCAUCAGGCCUUGGCACAGCUAUCACUGCAUGCCAAACAGCUCACAAAGCAUAAAUUGUACUCGCUGGUGGUGGAUAGCGAUGGCACAGUGUUUGCUCGAUCAGGCAGCUAUAUGAACGAAAGUCAGCGGGCAUUUGAUGCUAUGAUCAAAGACAACCGAAUCAAUUUGGCUCAUGAUGCGAUAUUCGUCGUGUUUGACGACUUUGAGCUUGCCCUUGGGAAAGUGAGAUUGGCAGAGUUUAAAAAGAAUGAGAGCCAUAACGGCGUCAAAUGCAUUCACCAUUGGCUUCAGCAACAAGGAUUGGACCAUAACGUGUACAAGUUGGGUAUUGGCAUUGGGCCCAAGCCCCAGAAUGCCUCAAAAGAUACAAUGGCAGCGUGGGUACUUUCCGAUUUUAAACCAGAGGAAAAGCUACGACUUAAAGAGGAAGUGUGGCCAAAAUUGCAUCAGGCACUCGAAGCGAUUGGCGAUGGUGAAUCAAUCAACUGCCAAGCCAUUACUAAGCAAAUCAAUUGA